CCAGUCCGGUGGGCGGGAGCGGGAAACAAAAGAAGGCUAAGGACGCAUGCGUUUGGUGUGUCCCAGGUUCCGAUGGGUUCUUCCGCUCAGUCAGAGUAAAGUGCUUCCGGGUCGCCGCCGCCUGCCGACUCCCGGCUCGUCUAGGAGCCAUGUCCACCUUGUUUCCCUCACUCUUCCCCCGUGUGACUGAGACACUGUGGUUUAAUCUGGAUCGACCCUGUGUGGAGGAGACAGAGCUGCAGCAGCAAGAACAGCAGCAUCAGGCCUGGCUCCAGAGCAUUGCAGAGAAAGACAACAACCUGGUACCUAUUGGCAAGCCGGCCUCAGAGCACUAUGAUGACGAGGAAGAGGAAGAUGAAGAUGACGACGAGGAUAGUGAAGAGGACUCGGAGGAUGAUGAGGACAUGCAGGACAUGGAUGAGAUGAAUGACUACAAUGAGUCACCUGAUGAUGGAGAGGUCAAUGAGCCUCCUCUCCAGGUGGACAUGGAAGGCAACGAGCAGGAUCAGGACCAGUGGAUGAUCUAGGUAGACAAGGCAGGGUGGUCUCAGGAAGAUUCCAGGCCCACCCAACCUAUCCUGGACCCCCUGCGGAUCCAGCUGAUCACCCAACCCCCCCUGCCCCAGUGCCUGAAAGCUCAUCCUCGGGCACCUCCUUAGCUGCUGCCAGCACCUGGUAUCCUUGGCACCUCCCAGGCCAUCAGUCUGCCCUUGAAUCUGCAGGGCCUGAGCCCACCCCACCUUUCUGGCCAGCACCUCAUCCCUUGGUUGCCAGAUCUAGUCUCUUUCUAACUCUCUUUAAUAAAGACACAGGACUGAUUUUUUUCCCCA